AUGCUUAGGAUACCCUUACACGGUCUGUGGUUUCUAUUAGCAACCGUCGCAGUAAGCAGACGCCGGAAGAAGCUAUCCGCCGUGUGUUACUCAGGAGUAAGGCAGCUACUCGUUUAUUAGAAGAUGGCUGACCUUACCAAAGGUAGUCCGAGUACAUCAAGGCCUGUAUCCACAAGUUCAAAAGGCUCAGCAAAGAGGGGAUCAAGUCCAAAAACUGUUAAAUCACCAGCAAAACCAGUCUCUAAGCGUAAAUCAAAAUCUACAGGUAAAGAAGAAGAACCUCAGACAGUCACACCCCUGAAUGAUCCAGGCUUACCUGAAGACAUAUGUCCCCUUGUUCUCACCUCAAAGACUCAGGAAAUCUUUAAUUGCAAGGCUGAUCAGGAUGUCACACAAGAAAACCCUUAUAAAACUAUUACAAAAGAAGAAAUCCUUCAUGACAUGAAGACAAGGGGUGCAAUCUCUGAUUUCCAUCCUGUCAAGCAGCACAUCUUGGAUUAUCCAGGAGAAAGUCUGUUACUUGUAUUUGACAGAGACUUUAAGUAUGGGCAGAAUUUUUACCUUGUUCUGACAGAAGAAGCCAAAGGCAGAAUUUUGAAUCCUUCAGCAGAGUCAGUUGAUGAAGGAGAUGAUGAAGAAAUACUAGAAACACUUGUAUACAAGCCUCCUCUGUCCAAACCUUGGGUGUCUCUUGGUAGUGAAAAGGAAAUUGAAGACGAAUCUGUUAAGGAUUUUCAAAAACAAAUAAAAUGUAUCAUUUCUCGUGUGCGAAAGGAGUUUGGAGCACCAGUAAAAUUCAGUGACCGUAAUUCUUCAGAUGUCAAGGAUGGUUACGUUGAAUGCACAUCAUAUGAUGACAAAAAAUUCAGCAUCAAACAGCUGGAAAGAGACACUGGAACUCAAGCUGUUCCACAGAUGCAAGAAACAAGUAGUCAGACAAAGUGGGCUUAUCCAAGAAAUGCCUGCACUCAAUAUGAACCCAGGGAGCUCACAAAAGAAGAAAAAGAAGCACUCCUGACAUCCAAACAACUGAAAGAGUUCAUUAAUUCGGUAGUUUUAAGACUUGAAGUAGCAUUACAGCAAAAUGAAAUUAUGGAUGCAUUUUUUGAUGAUUGGAAGGCACUUACUGAAGAAGAAGGCACGUUCGGUGGGAAAUCCGACACACAUCUAAAGGAAUAUCAGUCUUUUACAGACUUGCACGGCAGCAAGGAACGAACUGUCAGUCAUAUAGGAUGGCAUCCAACAGUACAUGGGGUCAUAGCUGUGGCGCUCACAGAACGACUUACAUUUGAAGAGCGAGUAAACCUAGCUGCUAAACUGAUCUUGACGCCUUCGCUGAUUCUCAUAUGGAGCUUUGCUGACCCCUUACAUCCUAAGUUACAGCUGGAAUGCCCUGAUGAUGUGUACUGCUUCCAGUUUUGUCCAAGUGAUCCAAACAUUAUUGCUGGAGGUUGCAUAAAUGGACAGGUUGUACUAUGGGAUAUAUCAGCAUAUGCAGAGAGAUUGCAGAGUGGAAAAACAGGAGGUGGCAAGCAGACAGCUGUUGAUGGAACUACUUUAGUAAGUACUUGGACCAAGCUAGCAAGUACAGAAAAACACUAA